AUGUGCAGUGUAACACGACUGAAUCGGAAAUUGGUUCGAUAUAGAGUAGAUGGAUCCAGAAUGGAUGGAUCAAGGAUUAAUGGAUGGAUACAAAAUGGAUGGAUCCGGAAUAGACAGAUGGAUGGAUGGAUUGAUCCGGGAUGGAUGGAUCAAGGAUUGAUGGAUGGGUACAAAAUGGAUGGAUUCAGGAUUGAUGAAUGGAUCCGGGAUAGACGGAUGGAUGGAUGGAUGGACCCAGGAUGGAUGGGUGGAUGGAUACAGGAUAAAUGGAUGGAUGGAUAG